AGCACAAACACACAACAACAACAACCACCACCACCACCGGGGGAAGGAAACGGGAAGUUGGCCAAACCGAGUGGAACAUGUCUUAUUUGUGACUGAAACCUGGCUGGAGUAGGACAGGGACGGAUUUAAAUGUAGUCCGUUUGGGACUAACCUCGACCGUGGUACCUUGAAAGUCAGACUACAAAGGGACGUCAGGUCUGAGCGUGUAAAGAUGGAUACCUUCUUCCUAGAGGGGUCCCGUGUGUGGCUGAGGCAUAAAGAACAGCUCCUUCCCUCUACUGUCAGCUCCUGCGAUGAUGCAUCCCUGGUCCUCACCACUGACUAUGGGAAGGUGGUCCACCUGCAGAAGGCUGAGCUAAGCCGAGACACAGCGUACCCCAUGCACCCCAGCAGCAUCCAUGGAGUGGAGGACAUGUCCCUGCUGGCUGAGCUGCAUGAAGCUGCUAUCAUGCACAACCUCUUUCUGCGCUACCAGAGAGACAACAUCUAUACUAACAUAGGUUCCAUCCUGGCAGCCGUGAAUCCCUACAAGCAGAUAGCGGGACUUUACGACGGAACCUCAGUGGAUUUAUACAGCAAACACCAGAUGGGGGAACUGCCUCCUCACAUAUUUGCCAUUGCCAACGAGUGUUACCGCUGCCUGUGGAAGAGACACGACAGCCAGUGUGUUCUCAUCAGUGGAGAAAGCGGUGCCGGGAAGACGGAGAGCACCAAGCUGCUGCUCAAGUUCCUCUCCGUGAUGAGUCAGAACUCAGCAGGUGCACCUCCCUCAGAGAGAACCACCAGAGUGGAGCAGGCGCUCAUCCAGAGCAGUCCUAUCAUGGAGGCGUUCGGGAAUGCAAAGACCGUGUACAACAACAACUCCAGUCGUUUCGGGAAGUUCAUCCAGCUCCAUUUCUCCCAGAAUGGAAACAUCCAGGGAGGAUGCAUCGUUGAUUACUUGCUCGAAAAGAACCGUGUCGUGCGACAAAAUCCGGGAGAAAGAAACUACCACAUAUUCUAUGUGAUGUUAGCAGGAGCCGACAAAGACCACCGAGACAUGUAUUUACUGUCUGAGGGUCCCGAGUCCUACCACUACUUGAGCCAGUCCGGCUGCAUGCAGGACAGCAGCCUGGAUGACAAGCAGCUAUUUGACAGUGUCAUGUCGGCCCUGCAGGUGAUGGAGUUUAGCGAGGAGGAGAUCAGAGACGUCUUCAAGUUACUGUCUGCCGUUCUCCAGAUGGGGAACAUUGAAUUUAUGACAGCCGGUGGAGCUCAAAUCACUUCCAAAGGGGUGGUCUGCAAUGUCAGUGAGCUGCUUGGCCUGGACUCCUUCCAGCUGUCUGAGGUGUUGACCCAGCGCUCCAUGAUCCUGAGAGGAGAGGAGAUCUGCUCGCCGCUCACUGUGGAGCAGGCCGUGGACUCGCGGGACUCUGUCGCCAUGGCGCUUUAUUCUCAGUGUUUCUCCUGGAUCAUAAUGAAGAUCAACCAGAAGAUUAAAGGCAAAGACAACUUCAAGUCCAUCGGCAUCCUAGACAUCUUUGGCUUUGAGAACUUUGAGGUGAAUCGCUUUGAACAGUUUAACAUCAACUACGCCAACGAGAAGCUCCAGGAAUAUUUCAACAAGCACAUCUUUUCACUAGAGCAGCUGGAGUACAACAGGGAGGGAAUCCAAUGGGAGGCCAUCGACUGGAUGGACAAUGCUGAGUGUCUAGAUCUCAUUGAGAAGAAACUGGGCAUGUUGGCUCUUAUCAAUGAGGAGAGUCGCUUCCCCAAAGGCACUGACUACACCCUCCUGGAGAAACUGCACAGCCGACACGCAACUAACCAGUAUUACGUGAAGCCCAGGGUGACCGACCACCAGUUCGGCAUUAAGCACUAUGCAGGAGAGGUGCUUUAUGACGCUCGUGGCGUCCUGGAGAAGAACAGGGACACCUUUAGAGACGACAUAUUGUUUAUUCUCAAAGAUAGCAGGCUGGACUUCAUCUACGACCUCUUUGAGCGCGUGGGCAGCAGAAAUGGAGACGAGACGUUAAAGAUGGGCACGGCCCGACGCAAGCCCACCGUCAGCUCUCAAUUCAGGGAAUCUCUUCAUUCCCUGAUGGCCACGCUAAGUGCCUCCAACCCCUUCUUUGUCCGCUGCAUCAAACCAAACAUGGCUAAGAAAGCCAACCAGUUUGAUCCAAAUGUGGUCUUGAACCAGCUGAGAUACUCCGGAAUGUUGGAGACCGUUAAGAUCCGCAAAGCUGGAUUCCCAGUUCGCCGCACCUUUCAGGAUUUCUUCAACAGAUACAAGAUGAUCCUGAUGAAUAAAGUCCACACAGAAGAUGAGAAGCAGAGUUGUUCGGAGCUUCUGGCACAUGUUGACAACACAAAGAAAGAUUGGCAACUAGGAAAGACAAAGGUGUUCCUGAAGGAGGCCCUGGAGCAAAGGCUGGAGAAGGAGAGGGAGGAGGUGCGGCACAAGGCUGGCAUGGUGAUCCGCGCCCACAUCCUCAGUUAUGUUGCAAGGAAGCAGUACAAGAGGGCUUUGGCCGGCAUCGUCACCAUCCAGAAGAACUACCGCGCUCACUUCUGGAGACGGAGCUUCCUGCGACUGCGCCUGGCCUCCGUGGUCCUGCAGAAGCACCGCAGAGGCCAGAUGGCCCGAUCCCUCUGUCGGCAGCUCAGGGAAGAGAAACGCAAGAAAGAGGAGGAAGAGAGGCGGCGGGUAGAAGAAGAGAAGCGGCGGAAGGAGGAGGAGAUGAGGCGACAGGAGGAGGAGCGGAGUAGAAAGCGGGAGGAAGAGGAGAAGAAACAGAGGUUGCUGGAUGAGGAGCUGAAGAGGAAGGCGGAGGAGGAGCUGAGGCUCAUCAAGGACACGGAGGAGGAGUGUCAAAAGGCUGCAAAUGGCAACGUUAAAAGGAACUCACUGGUGCUGAAUGGCGCUUGUCAGAAGAAGGCUCUUUCUCAGACUACCUCCCACAACCACACCACCGACGAAGAGAGCCGUCAGAUGGAGGAGAUCCUGCGGUUGGAGAGAGAAAUUGAACGCCUGCACAAGCAGCAGGAAGAUGGCGUGUCUCUUCUCGGGGAGAUCUCUCGUGAGGAGCUGCGCAAGAUGAGGGAGGAGGAGAUCUACCGACUAGAAAAGGAGGCCUCCCGCGUGGCUACGGAGUUCCUAGAUCUUUUGGACUUUGGUGGAUUAGAGCCGUCACUGUCAAGUGAGGAGAACCUUCACGACCCGACUAAUUCGACCGCUCCUCUGGCUGAGGAGGAGGUAGACGAGGGGUUCCACGCUGAGGACGAUUGCGUUCCUCUACCGGACUUACCUCCGCAAGCUGCAGUCCCCUUGGACAAGGAAUUAUUCCAAAGUGUCCCUCCUCCUCCAGCUGCCUUUGCAGAGGGGCUCCUCGUCAGCCCUCCUUCGGCUCCCCCGAACGAACCUCAUCAUCUCCGCAACCCCCAACUUCCCAACCCUACUCCUCCUGCGAUCGCCAACGGAGUCAAACCGCUAUCACAGCAGAGAACUAGCGAGGGGUCCGACUUCGAGCCUGAGAGUCAGGACCCGUGUUGCUCCAACCUGCCUGAUACAGAGUCGGACUAUGAUCAAGAGGAGUUUGAAGAGGCUCACGGGAGCUCAGGUGCGAGCAUCAAUAACGACCACAUUACUGACAAGGACAUGCUACGGAAAUCAUCAUGCACCCACAACAGCCUGGACUCCUUCAGAGGCAGCUCAGACUCGUUCAUCGACAGUGACGAGGACAACGACGGCUAUGUGGACACGGAUGAGGAGGUUUCCAACGGCAGGAUGAAUAUACUGAAUGGCAGCGGGCCUCCUUACUUCCAUGGCUACCUCUACAUGAAGAGCGGACUCAUGAUUCCGUGGCGUCGGCGCUGGUGCGUGCUGAAAGACGAGACCUUUAUGUGGUACCGGGCCAAGCAGGACUCCCUCAAGUCCGGCUGGCUUUACAAGAAAGGCGGAGGGAUGUCCACCCUGUCCCGGCGCAAUUGGAAGAUGCGCUGGUUCGUCCUGAGGGAGUCCAAACUGAUGUACUUUGACAACGACAGCGAAGAGAAGCUCAAAGGGACUAUUGACAUCUGCACAGCCAAGGAAAUAGUGGACAACCAUGAGAAGGAAAAUGCACUCAAUAUUGUGACUGAGGAGAGGACUUAUCACAUCUAUGCAGAAUCCCCUGAAGAUGCCAGUGGUUGGUUCAGUGUGCUGAGUAGUGUCCACAGUGCCAGCCCAGAGCAGCUCAUGGAGAUGCACCAUGAACAGGCCAACCCAAAGAAUGCAGUGGGUACGCUAGAUGUGGGCUUGAUUGAUUCGGUUUGUGCGUCAGACAACCCAGACAGACCAAACUCGUUUGUGAUCAUCACCGCCAACCGAGUGAUCCACUGCAACACGGACACACCAGAGGAGAUGCAUCACUGGAUUGGUUUGCUGCAGAAAUCCAAGGGAGACUCCAAGGGCGAUGGACAGGAGUUUUUGGUCAGAGGCUGGCUGCAUAAAGAGAUGAAGUCUGGGGUGAAAAGCACGUCUCUGAAGCUGAAGAAGCGUUGGUUUGUUCUCACCACAAACUCCCUCGACUACUACAAGUCAUCUGAACGCAGCGCCACCAAACUGGGAACGCUGGUCCUCAACAGCCUGUGUUCUGUGGUUCAACCUGAUGAAAAGGUCUUCAAAGAUACUGGUUACUGGAAUAUCAUCAUCCAUGGGCGCAAGCACUCCUACCGCCUGUACACCAAAAUGUUGAACGAAGCCAUGAGAUGGACAAACGCCAUACAAGGAGCCGUUGACAGCAAAGUCCCCAUUGAAACACCAACACAGCAACUCAUUAGGGACAUCAAAGAGAGCAGUUUGAAUGUUGAGGCGGUGGAGCAGAUGUACUGGAGGAACCCCAUCCUGAGAUACACCCAGCAUCCUUUGCACUCCCCUCUGCUGCCUCUGCCUUACGGAGAUGUCAGCAUCCACUUGCAAAAGGAGAAGGGUUACACCAGCCUGCAAGACGAAGCUGUGAAGAUCUUCAACUCUCUGCAAGAGAUGGAGGCGGUGUCAGACCCGGUGCCGAUCAUCCAGGGAAUCCUGCAGACCUGCCAAGACCUGAGGCCGCUGAGAGACGAGGUCUACUGUCAGCUAAUCAAACAAACCAAUCACGUCUCUUACCCUAACAGCCCCGCCAACCGCGCCCACUGGCACCUUCUGACUUGCAUGAGCUGCACCUUCCUGCCCAGCCGCGGCAUCCUGCGCUACCUCAAGUUUCACCUCAAACGGAUCAAGGAGCUAUUCCCCGGCACGGAGAUUGAAAUGUUUGCUCAUUUCAUCUCCGAGUCUCUCAAGAAAACCAAAACCAGAGAGUUUGUUCCCUCCCAAGAGGAAAUAAUAGCACUGCUUACACGACAGGAAAUGACCACAACAGUCUACUGUCACGGAGGAGGCUCCUGUAAGAUCUCCAUUAACUCACACACCACUGCUGGAGAGGUGGUGGAGAAGCUGAUAAGAGGUUUGGCCAUGGAGGAUAGCAGGAACAUGUUUGCUCUUUUCGAGCACAACAACACUAUUGACAGAGCUGUGGAGAGCAGGGUGCUCGUGGCCGACGUUCUGGCUAAAUUUGAAAGACUGGCUGGCAGCGUGGAAGCUGAAGACGAGGGCCAGUGGAGACUUUACUUCAAACUCUACUGCUUCCUGGACGUGGAAAGCAUGCCAAAGGAGGGGGUGGAGUUUGCCUUCAUGUUUGAGCAGGCCCACGAGAGUUUAACCAGAGGACACUUUCCCGCCCGUGAGGAGACGCUGCAGCACCUGGCCGCUUUGCGCCUGCAGUUCCUGCACGGGGACAAAACGCGGGCCGCCUGGGGCCUGGACAGCGUCUACCCCGUGGGCCGCCUGCGCAGCCGCAUCUUGCAGUACACCAAAGUGGGCGGGGCCUCGGGGUCGGGUCAGACUUUGGAGCGACGCAGGACCAGCUUCCUGGACGGAACUCUGCGGCGGGGCUUGAAGACGGGCUCUCUGAAAAAGCAGCGCAUGGAGGAGGAGCAGAUGCUGGAGAUGUGGAUCAAAGAGGAGAUGUCUGCCACCAGGGCCAGCAUUGUGGAGAAAUGGUCCCGCGUCCAAGGUCUGGUCCAACACCAGGCUAUGCUCAAGUACAUGACUAUCAUCAAGGAGUGGCCUGGGUAUGGAUCCACACUGUUUGACGUUGAGUGCAAAGAAGGCGGCUUCCCUCAUGACCUUUGGUUGAGCGUGAGUGCGGAAAACGUGUCGGUGUACAAGAGAGGAGAGCCCAAGCCCCUGGAGACCUUCCCUUAUGAACACAUCAUAUUCUUUGGAGCGCCCCAGCCCUGCACCUACAAGAUCACUGUGGACGAGAGGGAGAUGUUCUUUGAAACACCGCAGGUUGGAGAGAUCACCAAGAUCAUGAAAGCCUACAUCAACAUGAUCGUGAAGAAGCGAUGCAGCGUGAAGUCGGUGUCCAGCUAUGGGAGCAACUGGAUAAGGUGAUUGUCAGCGCAGAGAACAAACAUUCUUUCUGCCAUUAUAGUGAUAACCAUCUUCUUUUAUGAGUUAAAAAGCACCAUUUUCACAUCAGUAAGCAUCCAUCCAUCCAUUUUCUACCGCUUGUAAGGCCAAGUCAAUUCAGCUCAUGUUUUAGUGUCUUUUUUUUUUUCUUUUUUUUUUUUUUCUUUUUUUUUUUAACGAAUGUUUCCCAAAUAAGAGAUUUGCUCAGGUUAAUGUGUAUGUAACUGUAAACAAGCUUGCCUUACUAAGCUAUGUCGGACUAAUAUUUUGGCUCUUUUGUGCAGAUGUGGCCUUUAAAGAGAAGUCGUGAGUUAGUAUCCAAAAAGAAAGUGCAGCUAACAUGAUUAUUUGUGUUAAAAAGUGAUGCUGUCAAUAACCACUGCACACUAAUCACAGACCUUAGUGUUUCUAGAAAGAACAAAAGUAGCUUCCACCUUUUGUGUAUUAUUAAGUGUAUAUAUGCCAUGUUGCCGGAUUUGAGGGUGGGGGGUAUUUAUUUAUUUGCAGAAGUUCAUUUUGCUGCCGUUAAGUUGAUUUGUGCACAUAAUUCACAAAAAGCUACUCAAUUGUGUGCCUUGUAGUCAAGCAAUCGUCCACAUUAAAAAAAAAAAAUUGUGAGGUGGGUUGCCCCCCCAAACCAAACCAUAUCAAAGCUCGCAUGCCAUUUCUGAUCAUUUUUCAAACAUAUCGGUCUUAGUAGCGUAUUUUCCGAACUAUAAGCCGCACCGGUUUACAAGCCCACUAAAUUUAAAAAUGAAAUUUCUUUUUUUUUUUCUUUUUUUUUUCUUUUUUUAUUUUUUUUAUUUCAGGCAAUGACAAAGAAGUACAAGUUGACAAAACAUAAUAAUAUAACUUAAUAUAGUGCAUUAUUGUCCAGUUUUGCCUGAAAUUCAUAAAAUUCCGGACGAUAAGCCGCAUGUGCAUACCGGUACGUUGUGAAAUGAGAUAUUUACAUAAAAAGAUUGUGUAGCUAUUUAUUUACAUACCCUAAUUGUUUUCAAACGGUGCCUGUAGCACGGCAGUAAAACGGCUGAUUGAGCAAAACAGAAAAGUCACUGAUGUCUUUAUUCAUCUUUUAUGAGAUGAAUGAGAUGUUCUCCUUUUUUAAUAAGGUUCAAGAUGUUUAAAAUGAUUAUUCUUCCUUGUACUAUGUAAACACUUUGAGUUUGAACAGUUUAAGUGAAUCAUUUUAGUACAUUGUUCGAUUUUUUUUUUUUUUUUUUGCUUAAUCCACCCCAUAAUUUAGCCGCGAGUGAAGAAAAAUCCAUAGAUUAGCCGCACCUGUGUAUAAACCGCAGGGUUCAAGGCUUGGGAAAAAAGUGGCGGCUUAUAGUCCGAAAAUACGGUAUUGACCUCACCUGGCUUCCAUUAUGGUAUUUGCGUGGACCUGGUCAGCUGCCGGCGGCCACACCAGAAUCUUGAUUGCCAUUGACCACGACUGUAUCGCCAGAUUUCUGAUUGUUUUCAAGUCAAGGAAAGAAAAUCAUCAGAAAAUGUUUUCUAUUGAAAUUUAAAGAUGCUUUAAUAAAUUAUUGUAUUUCAAAAGCUGA